AUGGAUGAGCAAGGAGAACUUUUACCUAUCGAUAUACCACCUUCUCAGUUAAAGUUGAUCUCGCAGGACGAGAUCAUGCCUGCUGAUGAUGUCUAUGAAGUUGACUUCAUCGCAGCACACAAAAAGGAGCCUCACGGUAGCUACCUUUAUAAAGUAAGAUGGAAGGGGUAUACUGCUGAGGACGAUACUUGGGAGCCAUAUGACCAUUUUAAUAGCACCGAGGUCAUCACCUCUUACUGGGAACGACUUGGUGUAGAUUGUCCUCACGAUACAAACCAAACAACCUUGCUUAAUUCCACAUCCAAAAGAAAAAGAAAACACGUCCAUCAGGUACACAAUACAACACGGACUUCUAAAAGACGUCGCCAAUGA